GUCCUCCUCCUCAUCAUGAACGCCUUCAUCAAUGUUUAAGAAAACCUCUUUCUUUUAAACCAAGCAAUUUCUAUUUAUGGAAAAGAGGAGGGAGAAUACUGGAUGGACUCCAGUACCACAGUUCGGAGGGUGGGACCAAAAAGGACCAGACGCAACAAACUACUCGGUUGUGUUCUCAAAAGCUCGAGCUAACAGGAAGCUGAGCAAAGAUAAUGAGAGACAUUCUAGCGUGGGAAGCGAACAAGAACUCAUGGCAAGUGCUCGUCGCCACCACCACCAACUUCACCAUCGCCACGAAACCCAAGACGAUGACCCUGUCAUGAAAAAGAAGAGGAUCUUGACCUACAUUAAUUGUUGUAUCAGGCCAAAUUAGGACCUUGUUCCACAAAGUCGCAAUCUUUUUUUCUCGUCAGUGAUGUAG